AUGGAUCUCGCUCAAAUGCUGGUGCGCUCUUGUAUGCGCUCGUUUUACGACACAAAACAUAUCCUUGUGAUUGAUGCGCUCGUCAUUCAUUCUGCCUUGCGCGAUGAUGAUUUGGCAUAUCUGAUGAGCAUAAAUACGAAAGAGCUUCACAAGCUUUGUGGAAAAUUGAAGGAGGAUCGAUUUCUUGCAGUGCAUUCGCGCCCAGAGAUCAGAGAAGGUCAACAACGCCCGAUUAAUCGAACCUACUAUUAUAUUGACUACCGCGCAACAAUCGAUGCGAUCAAAUGGAGAGUCUACCUGAUAGACAAGGCGGUCCAAGGAAAUACUGUGCCGGAUGAUGAGAGAAAGGAAUAUUUUUGCCCUCGAUGCAAAUCGGAAUGGACCAUGUUCGAGGUUUUGGACAAGAGAAACCACGAAGGCUUUUUAUGUCACAAAUGCGAUUUUCUUCUAGUACACGAUCCCGAUAACAACCGUGGUGGACAUGAGCAGUCCUCAAAACUCAAUGCCCAAUUCAGAUUCAUCACCGACCUACUCCCAAAAAUCGAUCAGGUAGUCAUCCCUGAAAAUACAUUCGAGCAAGCUCUUGCUUCAGCUCGCAAAGUUGUUAGAGAUGAGGCCAAUCCUGGGAGCGAAACCGCACCCGUUACUCUCUCCUCGGAGAGACCAACUGCUGUUCGUGGUCUGGAUAACACUGGACCAACGUCUAUUUCAGUUACUUUGACGAAUGGAGAAGGGCCUACAGCUGCAGAUAUCGCCGCUGAACACGCUCGCAAAGAAAAGACGGCUCUUCAGAAUGCCUUGCCCCAGCAUUUUACUCACAGUACAAUCACCGGAGAACAGGUCAAGUUUGGUAACCAGCCUAUUGUCUCUGCUGGACCUGCAGUUGAUAUCAAUAAAAAGGAUAUCAAACCUGACACUGAAGGCACGGAUGACGGUGCUGAAAUCGAUGAUUACUUUGCGCAACUGAAGGCAGCACAAGCCAAGGAAGCUGAGCAAGAGCAAGAUGAAGAGUACGAAACGGACGAUGAUGAAGAGGAAGGUUUUGAGGACGUCAUUCCCAAUGGUACCACAUCCGGCGCCGCUACUCCAGCUAGCUCAGUCGGGGGUACAGACUCUAAACCUAGUGUGACGAGUGGUAGUGGUCUCAGUGGCGUUUUGAAGCAUUCGCGAAAUGAAAGUGUUUCUGCGAGUGGAACGAGUACAGGUGCAGCAAGUCCGGUAACAGGACCGAAUACACCGAAUGAGGAUAGACCAGCAAAGAAAGUUAGAAUUGAGGAACCAGCUCCAGCAGCACCGAUCAUAAAAGAUGAAGAGGAGAGUGAGGAGGAUAUGGAGUUUGAGGACGUUUAA